AGUAUUAUCCCCACAGAGAGUGUGUCUCUGUUUUUUGGAUUUCCUUUUCCUUUCUUUCGUUUCUAACACUUGUUUUACAAUCCAAACGGUGUGUGUUUUAAGGACAUCAUUAUCACCGGCAGACCAUCCGAUCAUAUAUUAAAGCAAUGGCAGUAAAAGUUAAGAAAGCAGUGAAACCAGUGACCAAAGGCAAAGGCAAACGAAAGAAGUUGCAACUGAAGUACACACUGGACUGUUCCCGACCCGUAGAGGACGGCAUUAUGAAUGCACAGGACUUUGAGACCUAUCUGAAGGAACGAAUCAAAGUCAAUGGCAAAACACAAAACUUGGGUAAUCUGGUGACUGUCGAGCGAACCAAAGCCAAGAUAUUGGUUACAUCUGACAUACCAUUCUCUAAACGUUACCUCAAGUACUUGACAAAGAAGUAUCUGAAGAAGAAUAAUCUGCGCGAUUGGCUUCGGGUUGUGUCCACUGCUAAGGAUAUCUAUGAGUUGAGAUACUUCCAGAUCAACAACGAAGAGGAAGAUGAAGACGAAGACAACGAGUAAUUGAUUGGAUCUGUUGUUGUCUUAAAUAUUAAGAAUAAAAUGUCUUUUUUCGAAUAAUUUAAUUGUAUUUUUAUUGAUUGAAUUUAUUUUAAUUAAAUUAUAUAAAAGUUGUUUA